GCGAGGUAUCAGCGAAUGGAUGAUGGACUUGCAGAGAGGAAGAGCAUAAUCAGCACUAAGGAAGGUCAGGAAAUGCGGUUGCAGAAGGAUUUCGUGUUCAAUUGUCGGCAGCAUGAACGGGCGUACUCUACCCUGUUGUCUAUGCAUGCAGGGAGGUGGUGCUUUAUGGAGCUAAGUGGACCCCCUUUCCUCAUUUAAGGGGGUUAAAGGGGACCCCUUUUUUCAGCUAAGGCUUUAAAGUGAACCCCCUUUUUUUCAGCUAGGGGGUUAAAGUAAAGAGGACCCCUUUUUUUGGGGUUAAAAUUGCUGCAAGCUAUCGGGAUCGAAAGCAACGGUAGCGCGACAUCUGUCUAUACAUGCAGGUCCUUAGACGACGAGAUCGGAGGAGCUGGCGUCUCAACGAGGAAAUCAUGAUGGGACACAUAGUAUCACGGUAUCAGAUUCAGUGCAAUUUGUUUCACAUACCCUCCGGAUGGACCUGCUCGUGGAGAAUACCGACACGUCAGCUUUGUGUGGCGCUCCUGUUGCUGAUGUGGCAGCAGGGACAGGUGGCAGCAUCAAAAGCAGGUGAUGAAGGGAACAAGAUGGCAAUCAGAUAUCUGCUGGUCGCCGUUGUCUCCAUGCUUGCGGUCCUACUGGUUCUCGUCAUGAUUCUCGUCUAUGUCUGUUAUCGCCGGAUGGGCUCGGGUUUCAACAUGAAGACCACAGACCAAUUACCUACGCAGGCGGCCAAACCACUUUAUCAAGCCCCAGCUGGUACAGCCUCAAGUCCAAACACAGGCACCUUCUCCCAAAGUUCUGUGCGCCUUCUCUCACAGCCUGGUCUCAGCAAAGCGGCCUUAAACUUCACCAAGAUCGUCGGUUCGAGCGGGAAGGCUGUCGUAUACAGGGGAUCUCUGAAGGACCACGGCGAGGUGGCGAUAAAGCUACUAUCAAACCCGGUCAAGUCCGAAAGGUUUCAGGUGAGUGAGCAUGCCUGCACUAUAGACUUUGCGCGCGAGAUCGUCACCCAUAUUGGGGGUGAAGUCAGGCAACUUAGGGACAACGUAGGGAAAUUCUGUGAGGGCGCUAUCGAGGGCGCCAAAGCCAUAGCCGUUGUAGAAGGCGAGGCCAGACCUCGCAAGGACCCAGUUAAGCUUAAAUUCCCGGAUGCUUAUGGAGGGAAGAAGGAAGAGAACUUUGACAACUGGGAAGCCAGUGUCAAUAGUUAUAUAUAUAUGCAGCGCAUCCUGAUAGAAGAACAAGUCCUUGUGGCCUUCGAGGCCCUUAAGGAUGAGGCGGCUAGUUUUGCCAGGUCCCUUGCGCGUGCAGCCGGUUGUGAAGACAACCUGGUUGCAUAUUCAAAAGUCACCCCCCUUUCUCAAUUCCUCAAGCUCCUGAAGGAGCGGUUUGCAGACCCAACGAGAGGCGUUUGCGCCUCUGAUAAGAUGCAAACGAUCCACUCACGACAGUGGCGGAGUGCCAGGGGACUCAAGGGUACCAUGGACGACUUGGUAGCCGUCCCGGACCAUGGGGUCACUGAGACCCAGUUGGUCCAGUUAUUUUAUAGUGCCAUGCCAGAGACCCUACGUGGGCAUUUCUUUGACAAGUCUCAACAGGCCGACAUCACUUAUGAUGCAUUGAGUAGAGAAGUCGUCCUGUAUGAGUCGAAGUCCAUGCCAGUUACCACUUUCUGGCACAGGGACUUAGAUAAGGGAAAAAAGUGGAAAGGCCGUACCAUCUCAGGCCAGGUGAGGGCCAAGGAUCACAUGAUCCUUACGUUAGAGGAAGGUGGUACUGUUGAGGUCCCAUACAGUCAGAUUGAGUGGGGCCUAGAGGAGGAGGACUGUGGUGUGGGACAGGGGAGGCCUUAUGCUGUUGUCGCGGCUGGAGGGAGGCCGCAAGGUAGAGGAGGAGGCCAGGGCCAAAGGGGCCAGGCCAUGGGAGGCCGAGGACCGGGCGCACAAGGGGUUGGCGGACAGGGAAACCGCCAAGUGGGAGGUAGGGGUCAAGCCCCCCCGCCAAAUCGCCAAGGUUCAAAUUGGUCCCUGCAGCGAAGAGGUGGAAGGGCACCUCAAGGAGGAUUGCACCCAGGCUUGCCACAGGGCAGGCCCUGGGAGGACUUGGGCUUGGACCAGGGGUUAUGGCAGGAACGCGUGAACUUAGAUAACACCUUGGCACACUCCUGUCUCAGUGAUCCCACGUUUGCGCGACUAGUAAAGAAGGAGCAGUUGGAAGACCAGGUCUUUGUAGUUUAUGUUAGACCUGCCACUGAGGCUAAGGAAGAAGUGACUUCCACAGAUCCAACCAUAGCCAAGCUGUUGGAAGAGUUCAAAGACAUAACUGAGUCGCCGACAGGAGUAGUGCGGCGACCCAUCCAGCACAGGAUAGAGAUAGAGCCUGGUAGUAGAACUCCUAAGGGAGCAGCCUACAGGAUGUCCCCUAGAGAGUUAGAGGAGCUUCGCAAGCAGUUAGACGAAUUCCUUGAGAAAGGUUGGAUCAGGCUCAGUUCGUCUCCUUUUAGAGCACCAGUUUUGUUUGUCCCCAAGAAGGAAGGAGAGCUGAGAACGUGUAUAGACUAUAGGGGUUUGAAUGCUAUCACCGUGAAGAAUGCUGAGCCGCUGCCCAGAAUAGACGAUUUCCUAGAUCGGGUGCAGGGUUGUAAGUAUUUCUCCAAGAUAGACGUGAAGUCCGGUUAUCAUCAGAUAGAUGUCCAUCCUGAUGACCAAUACAAGACUGCGUUCCGGACUCGUUAUGGGCACUAUGAGUUUAUAGUGAUGCCCUUUGGAGUAACCAACGCGUCAGCGACCUUUCAGCGUUGUAUGAAUGACCUGUUUAGACCAUGGUUAGACAAGUUCCUGGUAGUCUACUUAGAUGAUAUCUUAGUUUUUAGUAAGACCCUCCAGGAGCACCAGGGUCAUCUGAGGCAGGUCUUGGAGAAGCUAGGAGAGGCUAACUUCAAGAUCAACGCGAAGAAGUUUCACAGCGCACUGCUGUUGCCACGUGGCACUUCGCCUAAUAAAGAACUCCAACGAAAUAGGGAGGAGGAGGAGGAGAAAGGAGGAGGACGAGGAGGUGGAGGAGGAGGAGAGAAGAAGACGAAGGGAGGAGGAGGAGGAGAGAAGAAGACGAAAGGAGGAGGAGGAGGAGGACGAGGAGGACAAGGACGAGAGAAGAAGAUGAAAGGAGGAGGAGGAGAAGAAGAGGAAGAGGAGGAAAGGAGGAGGAGAGGAAGAAGAAGAAGACGAAAGGAGGUGGAGGCGGAGGAGAGGAAGAAAAAGAAGAAGAGGAAGGAAGGAGGUGGAGGCGGAUACACCACGACGGGACAGGACCUUGACAGGCGGCGACGAUGGGGAGGGCUGCUCGACGGGGCAGGUCGACGGGGAGUGAUGACGCGUGGGCUUCAAGACGGCAGCAACGGCGACAACGACCGACGACGGGGCACCUCGAUGACGACGACGGGGCACAGCUCGAUGGCGACGAUGGGGCAGCUCUACGAGGAGCGACGACUGGCGAGCUUGGAGACGGCAGCAACGGUGGGCUUCGGAAAUGCAGCGAUGCAGCGAAGCGGGGAAUACUGCAUCUUACAAGACUUUGGGAGACUGGAUCACCCGAACGUGGCCAAGCUGAUUGCGGUCUGUAAUGAUGGCAUGCAAGCGAUCAUCUACGAGUUCGUUCCAAACCACCCGCUUCGCUAUCAUCUGCAGGGUGAGCAAACCCAGGCCCGUCUUAUCACUUGGGGGUUGCGAAUGAAUAUCCUUCUUGGCACAGCAAAAGGGAUCCACUACUUGCACACACAGGCCUGGGUGAGGGUCAUUCAUGGAGGGAUCACGACCGCGAACAUCCUGCUGGACUCAAAUAUGGUGCCCAAGUUGAGCGAUAUCGGGGUCGCCCAGCUCUUUGUGAGAGACAUGCCCGCAGACAGCCUUGUGGGGACAGAGUACCUAGACCAAGACUUUUACAGGGGUGGUCAAGCGACAACGGAGAGUGAUAUCUAUAGCUUUGGGAUAGUCAUGCUUGAAACGGUGUCGGGGCAUGGGCCGAGGGUGCCCAAGGCAGGAACGCCUUCUUCGACAGAUUCCAUUCUAGCUUGGGCCUCAAAAAAAAUCAACAGUGAGAAUGUGAAGGAUGUGGUGGAUGUCAGGUGCCCAGACCGCGAUCGCGUCAGCGUCGACAAGGUGAGGCAGUUGGUCGCCUUGGCGCUGCAAUGUUGUCACGAGUCGAGGGCUCAAAGACCGAAGACGGUGGAAAUUGUUGAUGCACUGGAGAGGAUCAUGGAGUGAAAGUUAAGGCCAUCUUUGGUACUACACUCUGUUUGACGAUAUAUAUAUAAAUAUAUAUAAAUCAUAUUAUGUUGGAGGAUGUAUAUAUAUAAAUAUAUAUGUUUGACGAUAUAUAUAUAGUCAAACAGAGCUGCCCGGUAAACCGUAGGCAGAGAGGGACAAAAGGGAGAAGAGGACAACAACGAGAGAGGGGCUGUGACAACGAACUGUUUCGUCGGAGUUUCACCGACUUAUCGGUAGGCUGAACCCUAAACUCCGACGAAACGGUUUGUCACAGCCCCUCGUUUGUUGUCCUCUCCUCCCUCCCCUCCCUCUCUGCCUACGAUUUACCAGCCAGCUCUGUUCGACGAUAUAUAUAGCCUCUCCUGAUGAGUCGGUGAAACUCCAAUGAAACAGUUUGUCACAG